AUGAGCUGGGUUCUCUUCUGCCGACCUUUGUGUGAACCACUGUUUUUCUCUCCAAAUCCAACGGAGGGUGAGAAAGUAAUAAAAGGAUCACUGGCACCACCAUGGCUGGAAGAGCUACUAUCGACAAGGUUCUUCAAAAUGUGCAGUGCACACAGAGAUGGGCCUCGCAGCGAAUGCAACCUCUACUGCCUCAACUGCACCACUCACUCCUCUGCUUUCUGCUUCUACUGCCGUUCUUCCAACCACAAAGACCACCUCGUUAUUCAGAUAAGGAGGUCUUCGUAUCAUGAUGUGGUUAGGGUUGGGGAGAUAGAGAAGGUGUUGGACAUAAGUGGAGUUCAGACUUAUGUUAUAAACAGUGCCAAAGUUGUGUUUUUGAACGAAAGACCUCAUGGCAGUAGUCAUGGCAGUAGUGCUUUCAAGCUCCAAACUUCUUCUUCUUCCUCUAAUUCACAUAAUCUAAUCUGUGAGAUUUGUGGCCGAACUCUCUUGGACCCUUUUCGAUAUUGUUCCUUGGGAUGCAAGCUUGUAGGGGUAAAGAAGAAUGGAGAUGCAAAUUAUUAUGUGAUAGGCAAUGAAAAAAAUGGAGUGGGAAUAAGGAGGGAUUAUAGAAGGGCAAAGAGAUUAGUGGUAUCAAAAGAAGAAGAUGAUGAUGAAGAAGAAGAGAAAGGAGGAAUAAUAAUAAUCCAAAGCAGAGAUGGCAUUAAUAAUAAUAAUCAUAUUCAUGAUCAUGAUCAUUAUUCCAAUUCAUCAUCUAGGAGAAGAAAGGGCACACCUCAUAGGGCACCUUUAGGGGCGCCCUAAUCAACCUCACCAUCAUCAUUAUCAUCAUCAAUUAGUAAUAUAUAUUCUCUUGUCAUGUGGUGGUAAUUGGAUUAGUUGUCCUAAUCAUGGGUUAGCUGUCUUUAAUAAAUAUAUAGCAAAAUGAUUAUAUUGAAUAUACAUAUUGGUUGAAAUGUAG